CCUUGGCUGUUCGGGGAGGCAGGAGGGACUGGCCCAGGAGGGCGCGGUCCCGGGGAGCCGAGAGCAGUGACAGUAGUGGUGUCUGAGCCCAGUCUCUCGGCAGAGAAUAGGGGACCCCUCCGCUUUCCUGGUGCUGGCAAACUUCCUGCGAGCCCACCUUUCUUCUGGCUGGAUUACGAGCUCCUCGAGGGCAGGCCUGGGCCUUUCGCCUUCCUGGCGGUCGUUGCCACCUGCCUGGCAGGGUGUGCUCAGCGCUAACGAGGGGCAGCGGCCUGGGGGCCUGAGACGGGCGGGCCGGGGAGGUUUGCUAGGCCUGCACACAGGAGGUACACAGUGAGGCAGAAAACGUGGCUCCGAAGGCCAGAUCGCUGGGGCCCAGCUCCGGCCCACGCUGCUGAUUAGCUGCGUGGCUCUGGCAGGUGCCGAACCUCUCCAAGCCUCGGUUGUCUCGUCUGGAGUGUGGAGUAAGAAUUGCACCUGUGUCACGGGAUGGUUGUGGCUGCCCCCUGCAUUCCUCCGUCCAGCCAUGAACUGGUGCCCAUCAACGCUGAGAGCGCCCCGAAGAAUGUAGCCAACACGGGAGAAGGAGCUUUCCGGAGUGGAAACACACGGAAAAGCCUUGAGGAAGACGGCACCACCAGAGUCACCCCGAGUGUCCAGCCUCAUCCCCAGCCUAUCAGAAACAUGAGUGUGAGCCGGACCAUGGAGGACAGCUGUGAGCUGGACCUGGUGUACGUCACGGAGAGGAUCAUCGCCGUCUCCUUCCCCAGCACAGCCAACGAGGAGAACUUCCGGAGCAACCUCCGAGAGGUGGCCCAGAUGCUCAAGUCCAAGCAUGGAGGCAGCUACCUGCUUUUCAACCUCUCUGAGCGGAGGCCCGACAUCACGAAGCUCCACGCCAAGGUACUGGAAUUUGGCUGGCCUGACCUUCACACCCCAGCCCUGGAGAAGAUCUGCAGUGUCUGCAAGGCCAUGGACACUUGGCUCAACGCAGACCCUCACAAUGUCGUUGUUCUUCACAAUAAGGGAAACCGAGGCAGGAUAGGUGUUGUCAUCGCAGCUUACAUGCACUACAGCAACAUUUCUGCCAGCGCUGAUCAGGCCCUGGACCGGUUUGCCAUGAAGCGGUUCUAUGAGGAUAAGAUUGUGCCCAUUGGCCAGCCAUCCCAGAGAAGGUACGUGCACUACUUCAGUGGCCUGCUCUCUGGCUCCAUCAAAAUGAACAACAAGCCCUUGUUUCUGCACCACGUGAUCAUGCAUGGCAUCCCCAACUUCGAGUCUAAAGGAGGAUGUCGGCCGUUUCUCCGGAUCUACCAGGCCAUGCAGCCUGUCUACACGUCUGGCAUCUACAAUGUCCAAGGAGACAGCCAGACCAGCAUCUGCAUCACCAUCGAGCCCGGGCUGCUCCUGAAGGGAGACAUCUUGCUGAAGUGUUACCAUAAGAAGUUCCGGAGCCCAGCCCGAGAUGUCAUCUUCCGUGUACAGUUCCAUACCUGUGCCAUCCAUGACCUGGGGGUUGUCUUUGGGAAGGAAGACCUUGAUGAUGCCUUCAAAGAUGAUCGAUUUCCAGAGUAUGGCAAAGUAGAAUUUGUAUUUUCUUACGGACCAGAGAAAAUUCAAGGCAUGGAACACCUGGAGAACGGGCCGAGCGUGUCCGUGGACUAUAACACCUCCGACCCCCUCAUCCGCUGGGAUUCCUAUGACAACUUCGAUGGGCACCGAGAGGACGGCAUGGAGGAGGUGGUGGGACACACUCAGGGACCCCUGGAUGGGAGCCUGUACGCCAAGGUGAAGAAGAAGGACUCCUUGCACGGCAGCACUGGGGCUGUCAAUGCCACGCGCCCUGCCCUGUCGGCCACCCCCAACCACGUGGAGCACACCCUCUCCGUGAGCAGCGACUCCGGCAACUCCACAGCCUCCACCAAGACAGACAAGACCGAUGAGCCCGCCCCCGGCCCCUCCAGCGCCCCUGCUGCCCUGAGUCCCGAGGAGAAGCGUGAGCUGGACCGCCUGCUCAGUGGCUUCGGUGUAGAGAGAGAGAAGCAAGGGGCCAUGUACCACCCCCAGCAUCUCCGGUCCCGCCCGGCGGGGGGCCCGGCCGUACCCUCCUCUGGCCGGCAUGUCGUCCCAGCCCAGGUUCACGUCAACGGUGGAGCCUUGGCCUCUGAGCGGGAGACGGACAUCCUGGACGACGAGUUGCCCAACCAGGAUGGGCACAGCGUGGGCAGCAUGGGCACACUGUCCUCCCUGGACGGGGUCACCAACACCAGUGAGGGGGGCUACCCAGAGGCCCUGUCCUCCCUGACCAACGGCCUGGACAAGCCCUACCCCGUGGAACCCAUGGUCAAUGGUGGGGCCUACCCCUAUGAGUCCGCCAGCCGGAUGGCACCUGCCCACGCGGCCCACGUGGCCCCCAUGCGACCCUCCUACUCGGCGCAGGAGGGCUUAGCCGGCUACCAGCGGGAGGGGCCCCACCCAGCCUGGCCGCAGCCAGUGACCACCUCCCACUAUGGCCAUGACCCCAGCAGUAUGUUCCGCUCCCAGUCCUUUCCGGAAAGCGAGCCCCAGCUGCCCCCAGCUCCAGCACGCGGGGGCAGCAGCCGGGAGGCUGUGCAGAGGGGCCUGAAUUCCUGGCAGCAGCAGCAGCAGCAGCAGCAGCAGCAGCCUCGUCCACCUCCUCGCCAGCAGGAGAGAGCCCACCUGGAGAGUCUCGGGCCCAGCAGGCCCAGCCCCCAGCCGUCGGCAGAGACCCCCACCCCCGGCCUCCCUGAGUUCCCCAGGGCAGCCUCCCAGCAGGAGAUUGAGCAGUCCAUCGAAGCACUCAACAUGCUGAUGCUGGAUUUGGAGCCGGCCACAGCUUCCGCCCCCCUGCACAAGUCCCAGAGUGUCCCGGGGGCCUGGCCAGGGGCUUCCCCGCUGUCCUCCCAGCCUCUCUCAGGCUCCUCCUGCCAGCCCCAUCCACUGACCCAGUCCAGGUCUGGCUACAUCCCCAGUGGGCAUUCCUUGGGAACCCCUGAGCUGGCCCCACGGGCCUCCCUGGCCGUGGAGUCCUUCCCUCCUGGCAGGCCUUACUCACCUUAUGAUUAUCAGCCAUGUCCAGCUGGGUCCAGCCAGAGUUUCCGUCCAAAGAGCCCAGCCUCCUCCUCAUCUGCCUUCCUGUCAACUACCCAGAGCCCUCCAGGGCCUCAGCAGCCCCCAGCCUCUCUCCCUGGCCUCACUGCUCAGCCUCCGCUCCCACCGAAGGAGGCAACUUCAGACCCUUCGCGCACUCCAGAGGAGGAACCACUAAACCUGGAGGGACUGGUGGCCCACCGCGUAGCAGCGUACAAUGCCAAGCUGCAGGGCCUCGGGCACCCCGGCUCCCGGCUGCCUCCUCUCCACCGGCUCCGAUCUUCUUCCCUCUCCGGUGGCCUCCCGGAUACCCUGGCUUUCGGAGCCCCAAGCAUGCCGUCGGACACCCAGCCCCGUCACCUGGAGCUGAGGAAUCCAGGCUUCUGGAAAUCGGAAGGCUGGAAAGAAGAGCUGGGUCUGUGGGGGUGGACACGGCCAGUCCGGGGAGGGGUGCAGGCUCGGGAGAAGCAGCCUGCAGAGCCCCCAGCCCCUCUGCGGAGGCGGGCAGCCAGCGAUGGACAGUACGAGAACCAGUCUCCAGAACCCGGAUCUCCCCGUAGCCCGGGGGUUCGUUCUCCUGUUCAGUGCGUGUCCCCCGAGCUGGCUCUCACCAUCGCCCUCAAUCCUGGAGGGCGGCCCAAAGAGCCCCAUCUGCACAGCUACAAGGAGGCCUUUGAGGAGAUGGAGGGAACCUCCCCGACCAGCCCACCGCCCAGCGGGGUGCGCUCCCCUCCGGGUCUGGCCAAGACACCCCUGUCUGCUCUAGGCCUGAAACCCCACAACCCAGCGGACAUCCUGUUGCACCCUACAGGUGUCACCAGAAGACUGAUCCAGCCAGAGGAGGAUGAGGGGAAGGUGGUGACAGAGCUUCCCAAAGAGCCCCGGAGCUAUGUGGAGUCGGUGGUGCGGACGGCCGUGGCGGGGCCCCGAGCUCAGGACCCUGAACCCAAGAGCUUUAGUGCUCCAGCUGCCCAGGCCUACGGCCACGACACGCCCCUGAGGAACGGGACCCUGGGAGGCUCCUUUGUCUCCCCCAGUCCCCUCUCCACCAGCAGCCCCAUCCUCAGCGCCGACAGCACUUCAGUGGGGAGUUUCCCAUCCGGGGAAAGCAGCGACCAGGGCCCCCGGACACCCACCCAGCCUUUGCUGGAUUCGGGCUUCCGCUCCGGCAGCCUGGGCCAGCCUAGCCCUUCGGCUCAGAGAAGCUACCAGAGCUCUUCUCCUCUCCCGACCGUGGGCAGCAGCUACGGCAGCCCCGACUACUCACUGCAGCAGUUCAGCUCCCCAGAAAGUCAGGCGCGGCCCCAGUUCACCGUGGCCGGCGUCCACCCGGUGCCUGGGAGCCCUCAGGCCCGCCACAGGACAGUGGGCACCAACACCCCCCCGAGUCCUGGCUUUGGCCGCCGGGCCUUCAACCCCAGCGUGGCUGCCCCCGGGAGUCCCAGCUUGAGCCACCGCCAGGCCAUGGGCCCGGCGGGAACUGCUUUCCACGGGAGCACGGUGUCCAGCCCGCAGAGCAGCGCGGCCACCACCCCGGGAAGCCCCAGCCUGGCCCGGCACCCCGGCGCCCACCCGGGCGGCCUGGCAUCCGGUGUGCACGGCAGCGCGCUGGGCAGCCCGGGGAGCCCGAGCCUGGGCCGCCACCUGGGAGCGCAGGGCCCCGGGCUUCCCGGCAGCCCCGGCCUGGAGCGGCACGCGGCCUACGGCGGCUAUUCCACCCCCGAGGACCCGAGACCCGCGCUGUCCCGGCAGAGCAGUGCCUCCGGCUACCAGGCUCCGUCCACGCCCUCCUUCCCCGUGUCCCCUGCCUACUACCCGGGCCUGAGCAGCCCCGCCACCUCCCCGUCGCCGGACUCGGCGGCCUUCCGGCAAGGGAGCCCGACGCCGGCGCUGCCCGAGAAGCGGAGGAUGUCGGUGGGGGACCGAGCGGGCAGCCUCCCCAACUACGCCACCGUCAACGGGAAGGUGUCCUCCUCGCCCGUGGCCAGCGGCAUGUCCAGUCCCAGCGGGGGCAGCACGGUGUCCUUCUCCCACACUCUGCCCGACUUCUCCAAGUACUCCCUGCCGGACAACAGCCCCGAGACGCGGGCCAAAGUGAAGUUUGUCCAGGACACUUCCAAGUAUUGGUACAAGCCUGAGAUCUCCAGAGAGCAGGCCAUCGCACUCCUCAAGGACCAGGAGCCAGGGGCCUUCAUCAUCCGCGACAGCCACUCCUUCCGAGGGGCCUACGGGCUGGCCAUGAAGGUGUCUUCUCCGCCUCCGACCAUCAUGCAGCAGAAUAAGAAAGGGGACAUGACCCAUGAGCUGGUGAGACAUUUCCUGAUAGAGACCGGCCCCAGAGGAGUCAAGCUCAAGGGGUGCCCCAAUGAGCCAAACUUUGGGUCUCUGUCUGCCCUGGUCUACCAGCAUUCCAUCAUCCCACUGGCUCUGCCCUGUAAGCUGGUCAUUCCAAACCGAGACCCCACAGAUGAAUCGAAAGAUAGCUCGGGCCCUGCCAACUCAACCACUGAUCUGCUGAAGCAAGGGGCAGCCUGCAACGUGCUCUUCGUCAACUCUGUGGACAUGGAGUCACUCACUGGGCCGCAGGCCAUCUCCAAAGCCGCUUCUGAGACACUGGCUGCUGACCCCACACCAGCUGCCACCAUCGUUCACUUCAAAGUUUCUGCCCAGGGAAUUACACUGACUGACAACCAGAGAAAGCUCUUCUUCAGACGACACUACCCCCUCAACACUGUCACCUUCUGUGACCUGGAUCCUCAGGAGAGAAAGUGGAUGAAGACAGAGGGAGGUGUCCCUGCUAAGCUCUUCGGCUUCGUGGCCCGGAAGCAGGGCAGCACCACGGACAACGCCUGCCACCUCUUCGCUGAGCUCGACCCCAACCAGCCCGCCUCUGCCAUCGUCAACUUCGUCUCCAAGGUCAUGCUGAGUGCCGGCCAGAAGAGAUGAACGCCACCCCUCGCCCGGGGCCAGGGCAGUGGGGCUGGGGCGCGUGGGGAGGGGACCCGUGAAUCCUGACCACCCUUGAAUCCAGAAGGAGGACUUUGGGCCAAUUUUGGAGAAGGAGAGAAGAAAGUGCAACGUGAGGAGGGGGAAGUGAAUUGCGGAGGGGAAGGGGGGAGAGAGAGAGAGAGAAAGAAGGAAGAAGACGGAGGAGAAUAACUUGGAUUCCCCUGGGUAGACGGAUACCGUGGGGCCCCCAAAGCCUCCACUGCUAACCAGGUCCCCCUAGCUCCCCCUCCCCUCCGAGAGGAUAGGGCUCCUCAGAGGAGACACACUGACUCCUUGGGGUUCUAUAAUUUGGGAGUAAAUGCAAAAGCUCUGUCUCCCUAACCCAACUGCUUUGCAAGGAGAAAUCAGAUUGAGGGGAUCCUUUUCUGGCCGCCUCUGGGGUAGAUUGGCAAAGCAAAAAGAGCCAGCGUGGGACAUCGGGUGGCCCAACUUUUGCCUUUGGGAGUCUGAGACCCGAGGUUCCUGAGGUCUCUGGACUCCACCUCCGUUGUACAGUCUGUGUGGGUGUAUAUAUGGGGCGUAUGAUGUGUCCACACCCACAUCCUCACAUACUGGUUUCCAUGUGCCUCUCAGCCAGAGCUGUAAAUGCGUAUGCUCGUCUGCGCCCCACGUGUUUGCGCACACACGUGCAUACUGUCCAAAGAAGGUGAGAGUUGGGGGUGACAGGGCAGCCCAGGGUGGGGACAUAUACGCUUGCUUCCCCAGGAGAACCCCAGAUUAUGGUCGCAGACUCCGGGUGCCUGCACCUGUUUCUAGAGGCCCUGGGUGCUGCCGGCGGCUUCUCCCAGCAGGAAGGGGCUGGCUGCCCAGCAGUUACACCCAUUUUGCCUCAGCCGGGAGCCUGGAGCUUUGGUGUCGGGAGGUGCAGACGUGCGUGUGCAUAGCCACGCGGGAGAGAUCCCUCAGGAGGGGCGGCUCUUGAGCUCUGCGUGUCUUCCCCAGGCAUGUGGCCCUGCGGCAGUAGGGGCAGGUCGCCCCGCCAGCUCCCGGCCGGCCCUCUGCCCGUUCCUGGGUUUCGCGGCCCAGCUCAGCCUUUCCUCACAUCUGCCUAUCUGCUUGGUGCCCUUCCAGGUGUGGGGGGGAUUGGGCCUUGCUGCCUUGCCCUGCCCUGCUCUGUCUCUUGGGGUCCCCGUGUUGGAGCGUGCCUUGGGGAGCCUGCUUGUAAAAGCCCUGCCCAGUGAGCCCCGGGGGAGACUCCCGAAAGGCCUCGUGCUCCCCUACAUGAGCGUUUCGGGCUCUGACAUGGACCGGGCGGCCCAGGAUGUCCUUAGCAGAGCUCCUGGGGCUGCUACCUGUGCCUCCCACGUGGCCUACCUACAAUGCCAAAGCCAUGCUGGCCCCCCUCCUGCCUUGGUUUCCCUGUCGGAGCCUAGCUGCCCAUGGAAGAGAAAGGCAUGCAUUUAGGUCGGAGGGCCGAGAGUCCAUGUGGGCAGUUGGGAAAGGCCCAGGCCGCCACCCAAGGACUCUAAGCCGGAAUGGAGAAUUCACCAGGACUCCAGUCUUGGGCGGCUUCUUAAGCCUAUGGGAUCCCCCAGAGAGAGGCAUUGUACUGAUAUAUAAAUAUAUAUAAUAUAUAUGUGAGACAUACAGAAUCUGUAAGCUAAUAAAAUAUAAGAAAAGGUUAAAAAAAAGAAUAGGUAAAUUGACAAGAAGUAUUUAUUGUUUUCCUAUAUUGCUUUAUUACCUCCCCGGGGAUAAACCAAUUCCCAUCCCUUUUUUUGUGUAUAAGUGAAGUCUGAAAUGUGGGGGGGCCUUUAUCCUUGGAGCGCGCAGGGUCUGCCGUCCUAGAUGCUGCCUGGGGCUCGGUGUGGAGGGCUGCAUGGGUGCUGUUCCCUUGGCUUCCCUAUUUUCUGGUAAGCUGGGGGCACGGCAGCCGGCUCCCAGAGAUACGGGGAGCCUCCCCCGCCCCCCACCCUGCACUGCAGGCCCAAGCAAGCAGGGGAGCCUGCGGGGCACAAGGGUGUGUGUAGCGGAUGUGGGUGAUGUGUGUGUCUUUUGUGUUUCUUUCUCCUCCAAGAGGCUGUAUCUGUGCGGACGCUGUGUUUCAGGGAGUUGGAAAGGAGAGUGUCUGAGGGUGGGGAGCAGGAUCCCCGCUUCCUAGAGAUGGCAACCUUCUACUCGGUGAUGGAGGGUCCUCCAAAGUGCUCUUCCUUCUGAGGCAUUCAAGCCAGAUCCCCAGAUCUACCCUGGCCCCCAUUCCCUACCUACCCCGACUCUCUUCCCAGAUGGGAGAUAUUUCCUGCCGACUGUAAAUACCUUCAGUCUCCCACUGGACGUGGCCCCGGGACUCGCCCCUCCUGGUCUGCGCAUCCUCUCCUCACUUGGGGCCAGGCGGAGCCGCGGACCCUUCGGCCCCCCGGCCCUAGGGCCCCCAGCCCCUGGGCCUUUACACGCGCUUUCCCACCGCCCACCGGCAGCCCCCACCCCCGAGUCAGGGCUGGCCUGCCCCACUCAGGCCUGAGCCAGUGUGACCCUGGGAAGGACUGGGGGCAUCCUGGGAAGCUGAUCAGCUCCCUCCCUGGCAUCCCUCUGGAUGGAGCAGGUUUCCGGAAGAACCAUGGGGAAGGGUACCCCAGUCUCCAAGUGGCCCUACCUUGGGGUCAGACACUGGUUGGGAGGACACUGGCUCCCCACGCCUCACAGGUUAGGUCUCUGCACCCCUGCGCGCACGUGCGCACACACACACACAGCACUGCAGUAUAUUCUUGCCAAAGAUUUCCUUUAAGAGAAAGCACUUUUAAUCAUUAUUGUUAUUAUUGUGUAAAUGUCUAGCCUUCUCUCUCCUCCCUCUCCCUCACCCCGUUUUGCUGUUACUGUGGAAUCUGUCUGUCAGCCAGGAGAGCUGUCUGGUCUUGAAAACAGGCUGGCAGGGCAAGGGUCUGGGGGAGGUUGGCAAGGAGGACCGGGAGGGCAGGGGAAGCUUGCCGAGCGGGGUGCAGAUGCCAGGAGGGCUCAGGCCCUGGCUCCCGCGCUCCAGCCAGCGUCGGAGGCCGGCCCGGGCCUCCCGGAGGCUGGCCUGUGUGGCGUCUGGAGGGAAGGGGCAGGGAAAUGACAUCUGUCUGAUUCAGGGAGAGAGCCCAGAGAGGCACAGGUGGAACAGGGGGUGAGGGCAGGCCUGGGAACAAUGGAGAGGUGACCCCAGAGGGGAAAUAGGAAGGAAGGGAGCAUCUGGUCAACCUCCAGGGGAGCCUGGGUCGCCCCUGCCCUGCCGUCUUGGCUUCCUGGUCCCCGUGUCUAGCCAGGUGUUUGAGGGCCACGAACAUGGUGUCCUAGGUUGGGGAUGGGCCUUUUGACUCCUAUCUUCAUUGGAGUCUCUCCCCAGUAGGUCUGAGAACUCGUGGACUCCUUCUCCCUUGGGUUUUGAGGAGUCCCCAUGUAUCAGAGACUAGCAGGAAAGGGGUGGUGGCCGAGUGACCUGGUGGCCAUAGGAGGCAGCAACCAACCCACAAGUGUGAUCUUUACAAAGGGGCUCUCGGGACGGGGAGGUAGGGUACUCUGAUGGGCCCGAGCCGAGGUCGGGCAGGCUCCUCCUGCCAUGUGAGGUGUGUGGAGGCUUCUGGAAGUGGACCAUCUAUGUCCUGGAUGUUUGCCCACCUGCUCUGCCUCCCAGGUCCUCCCCCCUUCUUUGGCAUUUCUCAACUACCAGCCCUGGGGAGGUCAAGUGGGUCGGUGCCCUGUCCAUGGGCUGCCUCCCGCCCCUGCAUCUCAGGGUCCUUGGAGAGGUUGGGGGCAGAGUCCCAGAGUCACUCUUCACCCAAGUCCAGGCCCCAGGCCCCUGAGACUGGAGCUCCUGGCCGGCGUGACACAGGAUGUACGCGUAGGCGUGCGUGUGCGUGCGAGUGCGGGUGUCUGUGUGUGUAUAUUUUGCCGAUCUCUUUGGGAAACGUGGGGUUAGGGUCAAACGUAGUAGGUGGGCGGUGGGAUGUCCAGUUCAACACCACCCAGCAGUGAAAGAAUUCGGGAGGGCCCCCGGCCGGCGGAAUCUCGGUAUUGUGGAUGGUGAGGACUGGCUCCGCCGGCUGGGGGGCUGGGGCUCUGGCGGAUCUGCUCCUUCCUGACUUCUCCGUCCUCGGGGGUCCAAGCCGUUGGAGGACUUCCGCGUGUGUCCCACACCUGGGCCCUUGCCAGCAGCGAGGUGAUUGCGGACGGGUGUCCCCGGUUUGGUUUCUAAUCAGUGUUAAACGGUUUGAGACUCUCCUGUGUGUCCGUGUUUGGUUUGCGUGCGAGAGUGAGCACACCCGUGUGUGCAUGCCGCGUUUCCCCGUUUUCUCCCCUCCCUCCGACAAGCCGUUCAUAGCAAAUGUAAGAAAUACCUUGCCACACCUGCCCGCCUCCUCUGCAGGAGAAACAGAGUAACCCGGCAUCCUCCCCAUCCCCUGGCUGUGUAUUUAUAUAGAUGGAAAUAUCCUUUCUAUUUUGUAUCGUCGUGCCUAUAACCUCUGCCACCUUGUAUAAACCCUGACCUGCGCUACUUCCCCUGGAUAUGAAUGUAUUGUACACCGACGCCGGCCCAUCCUGUACAGCUGCUUUGUUUCUUUGCAACCCAUUGUAUGGCUUUAUAAAUGAUAAAGCGAAAGAAAACCCUGUGC